AUGCUGAUGUCUUCCUCUGUUAGACUUCUCGGGGUGGAUGGGUCGUUGGUGGCGUGGGCUGGGGAGGAAGAGAGUAUAUCGGAUGCAGAGAAUGACCCCAAAAUAACCUCGGCUAUUGCGUACCAUAUUUGGCAAGCGUACUUGACGAACGGAUCCCCGUCACUUUCACUGGACGGACCUGAGUUUGUUAUGCUGGAAUGCGAGAAUGGGAAGGUUGUGAUGACGAAGGUAGGCAAGCUCCUUCUCUGUUUGUACACGAACUCCACUGCACAAUUCGGCGCCGUCAAAGCCAAGGCUGCUGUAAUUUCAAAGCGCCUGAAUGAGUGUCUGGCGGGGGAGUUCAACUACUGA